GAGCGCCGCACAGAUGUCGCGAGCUAAAUCAUGUCAGCGACAGUGACACGAAAUGUUGGUGUUGUUGGCAGUUGAAAUGAGUGAAAAAUAAAUCGCGUUUUGACAAAAUUCAAGUAGAAGAAGAGUCGAUCGCCUAAUCCGGCGAAAAUGUCGUGGCUGAACGUAAAUCUCAACGAGAGUUUAUCAAACAUCAAGGGCCAGCUGACAACUUUAGCCAGCAACGUACUGGCGGAGCCCAGCGAAGAUGUUGCAGGUGCUGAUGUUGAUGUACUCCGAAGGAAGGUUUCAGAACAAGAAAUUGAGAUAAAACGAUUACAAAAUGAAAAUCAGGAGAUUUCGAAGAAAAUUGCAUCAAAUAAUCCACUGGACGAGUGGUCAUGGGAGGUGACGGAAAGCAAGUCGGAUACACAAAACCAACUGGUUUUGGACGAUGCGGCACUGGAGGCAAAAAUUCGCGAACUCGAGCGCGAAAAGGUGGAACUGGUGCAGAGUUUGGACCAACUUGACCAGGACUGCCAAAGCACCACAGAUAAAUUGGUGGCGAUGAAGGAUGAACUCCAGACGGAGAAUUCCGGUCUAAAAUUGCAACAACAAGACUUGGCUAAAGAAAACCAUCUCCUUAGAAGCAGUAUUGAACAAGAGCAAAAGCGGAUAAAAUUCUUGGAGUCUGAGAAAAUUAAACGCGAUGAAGUAAUUCAGGCACUACAAAGUGAAAUUGAUCAAUUCCGGCGAGAGUCUAGUGAUAUUGGUUCUCCAAGGGUUAGUAUUGAAGAGAUUAAUCGGCUUGAAACGAUGGUUGCUGAUUACAACAGGCAAAUUGCGAUUUACGAAGAAGAGUUGCAAAAAUUACGGCGGAGCACGGAUUCAGAUAUUCGUAAUUUAUCUGGUGAUACCACCUCUGUGACCACUACUGGUCAUCAGCAAUAUAUUGAUAUAUUGGUUACGGCACUGAAUGGAAUUGAUUUCAACUUGAACAGGUGGAGUGUUGCGAAAGGUGAAUCAGACGAUAAUAUGAAAGAUUACGAUAGUCUGGUGACGAAUAUCGUGAAUGGUAUACUGGAUUACAAAUGGAAAUGUGAGUCGAUGCAGGAAGAGAUCAAAAAUGCAGCGGCCGAAAAAAAACUUCUUUUGGCUGAGAAGAACAGCGAAAUUGAGAAAUUAAUGUUGAAUACCCAGGAACUGUCCAGUUCGCUGAAGACGAAAAACAACGAAUUGAAACACUACGAAACUGAGUGUUCUCAACUCAGUGAUAAUAAUGAGGCGUUAAUUGCUCAAUUACAGGAAUCUAAACAAGCUGACAUGACGCUACACACUAUUCCCGAAAUGAAUGAACAUCUCGACGGGCAGUUGGAGAAGUGCUAUAAACGCAUUGAUCAACUUGAAGGUGAACUAGAGGAAACUCGAUCCAAUAUGAUUGACGACCUGAAGAGUCAACUGAGUUUGUGUAACAAAGAUCUUGUAAUAGCAAAGGAGAGCCUUGAAGAAUGGCAGAGCAAUUUUUAUAAACUAGAUGAUGAGAAUAAGUCUCUGAAGUCAUAUCUGGAGACAAUCCGGCGUCGAUUUAGUGAAUGCGAUAAUGAACGCGAAGAAUUAGAAGAUCAGGUUAAACUGGACAAUGAAAGUAUGGCGGAGCAAAACUUGAAUUUAGAAACACUUCAAGAAGAAAUUGAAACGCUCACAGCCAAUAUUUUAGAGCUUCGACGCGAUAAUACCAGGUAUGUUGCCGAAAGGGAAGGAUUGGAGAGGAAAUUGGAAGAAGCGGAGCAAGAGAUUAUGGAUUUGAAGGAAGAAAUGACCACCGAGAUUGAGCAAUCUUUGAAAAAGGACCAACAUUUGUCUGAAUUGAAUGGCACGGUCGAUGUCAUGCAGCAAAAUAUUAUAAAGUUGAAAAAUCUUACAGAAAAUUUAUCGAAAGAAAACGAAGAUUUGACCCUAGCAAGAUCGACUUACAUUUUGCAGUAUCGUCAUUUCAAGAAGGAUGUUGAGGAUUUAAUUCUAUGCUACAAAGAUUUGAAGGCUUAUCAAAAGAAUGAUGAUAAUAUGGUGCAGUCACUAAUCCGGGAGAAGAAUGAAUUGAUCAAUCAGUAUAACAACAUGCAUUCCUAUGAAGCUGAGAAUUCUAAAUUAAUGCUGACCAUUACUGAACUCCAAACGAAAAUUGAUUUAAUUGAAAAAGAAAAAUUGCUGCUUCAGAAAGCUUGUGAUGCGCAUAAAGGUGAACAAGAACGAUUCCAAACAUUAAUAGAUGAGCUGAACGCGUCUCGAAAUGAGAUUAUCAAAGUUGUGCAACAGAAACAUCAAGAAAAUAUUACAUACCAUGAAGAAAUUCAACGUCUCCAUCAGUUGUUGGUCAUCGAGACUGAGAAAAGUAAAACGUUUGAAACACAACUUGCAGAACUUAACGGAACAUCAAUUUCCUCUGAAGAUCUGUUAGCGAAAGAAAAAGAAUUGGAGAAACUCACUGAACAUGGUGAUUUUCUACGCGAAAAAUGUGCUCAAUUGGCAGAAGCCCUUUUAGCUGAGCAAUCAAUAACUAAGGAAUUGUACGCUGAGCGGGUGGUUCAACAAGAGAAAGAAGCUAAUUUAACCAGGCAAUUAGAAAGUUUGAGACAACAUCUAAUCGAAAUUGAAGAGAUGUAUACCAAGGAAAUUCAAACAGCUGAAACAAAAUGCGCAGAAAUGCAGCAAAAGAUGCAGGCGAUUGUUGAGAAAGAAAAGAAUUCCAGCACACGAUUCACAUCGGCGAAUAUUCGCGCUAAUCAACAGGUGGAAACUUUGCAGACCAAUCUACAAUUGGUGACGAAUCAACGCGACGAACUGAAACGCAAAAUGUCGGAAUUGGAGGAUCAAAUGGAGAAGCAAAACGCAGCGCUGUGUAAUCUGCAGAUUGUCCUCGAACAAUUCCAACGUGAAAAAGAUAAGGUAAUCUUUGAGGAGACCGAACGCGUUCGCCGUCAGGUCGCCGUCGAAAAGAGGAUGCAAGCGGACCUGGAGACGACGAUCGGCGAUUUGAAGAAACAACUUGACGAAAGCAAGAUGGGCCUCAAGGCUGCCGUACGGCUCAGCGAUCAGGUAGAGGCUUCCAAGCGGCAUGUAGGCAUGAUGAAGGAGGAAGUUGCAAAACUUCAGCAGCAAUUGCUCAAAUCAGAAGAAAAGAACAGCAAGCUUUUAAAUCAGACCGACGGACGAGUUGAUAAGAUGCUCAUUAAAAAUCUGGUUAUUGGUCUUGUGAAUUGUAAUAACGCAUUGAACAAGGAUCAAAACCAAAUUUUGAAAAUUAUUUCCACCGUGCUAGACUUCAAUCAGCAAGACAUCGAAAAGGUUAAUCUGAACAAGAAAGACCAGAGCACUUGGUUUUCGAGUCUCCUGCAUCCCCAGGCACUGAGCGAUCGCAAUAUGUCGUCAGAAUCGUUAUCGCAGGCGUUUGUCAAGUUCUUGGAAGCUGAAUCCAAACCAAGGAAUCUUCCUAAUCUAUUGGACGCCUCAACGGUGACGGUAGGUGCGGCUUCCAAGGAGGGUGGUGAAAGUUCAAGUAGUAAUAGCAGUAGGAAAACCAGUGUGCGGCAAUCGCCAUUACUUUUAAACGAAGUUGUGCUGCCAACGUUUGCUGAUUUCGCGGCGAAUAGAAAUUCCAGUUCUAUUUUGAAAGAUGUGUUGAAGGAUAAUACAAAUGUUAGUUGAAAAUAAACCCUGUAUUCGCAUUUUUAUAUUGUAUGCUACAUACGUAGUUAUCAAAUUUAAUGAUGUAUUAUUUAAAUUAAAAUGUGUAACGUUAUUAUUUACCGCAGAUAUUUUAUUAAUUAUGUACAAAAUUAUAAAUUACAGUUAUUUUUACACAAUAAUAUAUAAAUUAAAAGUAA